CCCUGCCGCUACCACUGCAGCUACCAUGGAUAUCAGCUAACAACACACGCUCAGGAGCGCGCGCGCGCUCCCACUCGCACCACGCAGGAGUGGCCCCCGGCAUCCUUACCCUCCUUCCCCACCCCCACCCCACCCGCUCCCCAGCUCGGCUACUGCUCGCUCUGGCUGCCGCCGCCGCCGCCGCCGCUGCUGCCGCCACCACCACAGCUCUCUUCUGCUGCGCGGCCGCAGCCUUGAGUGUCAUUCAAGGGACAGCACAACCUCACCCAAGCUCUCCUACCUCUGCCCAGCCGUCCCUGUCAUCCUCCCCCUUCCUCGUCCACACUCCAUCCAAAGAAGAGGGAAAGCACCGAACAGAGGCGGGAGGAAGGCAGUCUGCUCUUCUCACCUCCUGGCCCCCUGGCUCCUUCAUCCUCAUUCUCUCAGCACCAACUCCCCUACCCCAAAGGAAUCCCUCAGGAGCUGAGGCGACUCACCCCACUGCCAUGUCCAAAAGCUUGAAAAAGAAAAGCCACUGGACUAGCAAAGUCCAUGAGAGUGUCAUUGGCAGGAACCCGGAGGGCCAGCUGGGCUUCGAACUGAAGGGGGGCGCCGAGAAUGGACAGUUCCCCUACCUGGGGGAGGUGAAGCCCGACAAGGUGGCCUAUGAGAGCGGCAGCAAGUUGGUGUCUGAGGAACUGCUGCUGGAAGUAAACGAGACCCCCGUGGCGGGGCUCACCAUCAGGGACGUGCUUGCCGUGAUCAAACACUGCAAGGAUCCCCUCCGGCUCAAGUGUGUCAAGCAAGGAGGAAUUGUUGAUAAGGAUCUUCGUCACUACCUCAACUUACGAUUUCAGAAGGGUUCUGUGGACCACGAACUUCAGCAAAUCAUUCGUGACAACCUCUACCUCCGCACAGUGCCAUGCACCACAAGGCCACAUAAGGAGGGUGAGGUUCCUGGAGUGGACUAUAUUUUCAUCACUGUUGAAGAUUUUAUGGAAUUGGAGAAAAGUGGUGCUCUCCUAGAAAGUGGGACUUAUGAAGACAAUUACUACGGUACCCCAAAGCCUCCAGCAGAACCAGCACCAUUGUUACUAAAUGUAACAGACCAGAUACUUCCUGGAGCCACUCCAAGCACUGAAGGAAAACGAAAAAGGAAUAAAUCAGUAAGCAACAUGGAGAAAGCAAGCAUAGAGCCUCCUGAGGAGGAAGAGGAAGAGAGGCCUGUGGUCAAUGGAAAUGGAGUAGUAGUAACACCAGAAUCCAGUGAACAUGAAGACAAGAGUGCAGGUGCCUCAGGGGAGACACCCUCCCAGCCUUAUCCUGCACCAGUGUAUAGUCAGCCCGAGGAGGUGAAGGAACAGAUGGAUGAUGCAAAACCAACUAAACCUGAAGAGCAUGAUGAAUCAGACCCAUUGCCUGAUAACUGGGAAAUGGCCUAUACAGAGAAGGGUGAAGUCUACUUCAUUGACCAUAACACAAAGACAACAUCAUGGCUGGAUCCACGACUUGCGAAAAAGGCUAAACCUCCAGAAGAAUGCAAAGAAAAUGGUCAGCCCAGAUAUGGAACUCAACCCUUACUCCUUGGUCUUCUUAGGAAUUUCUCACAUAAGGCAUUACCAGAGCUUCCAUAUGGCUGGGAAAAAAUCGAUGAUCCCAUAUAUGGCACUUAUUAUGUUGACCACAUAAAUAGAAGAACACAGUUUGAAAACCCUGUCCUGGAAGCAAAAAGGAAGCUACAGCAGCAUAACAUGCCCCACACAGAACUUGGAACAAAGCCCCUGCAGGCCCCAGGUUUCCGAGAAAAACCACUCUUUACCCGGGAUGCAUCCCAGUUGAAGGGAACAUUUCUCAGCACCACACUAAAAAAGAGCAACAUGGGGUUUGGAUUUACCAUCAUUGGUGGAGAUGAGCCUGAUGAGUUUCUGCAGGUGAAAAGCGUGAUUCCCGAUGGGCCUGCAGCUCAGGACGGAAAAAUGGAAACAGGUGAUGUCAUUGUCUAUAUUAAUGAAGUUUGUGUCCUUGGACACACUCAUGCAGAUGUAGUCAAACUUUUCCAGUCUGUUCCUAUUGGUCAGAGUGUCAACUUAGUGUUGUGUCGUGGCUACCCUUUGCCCUUUGAUCCUGAAGAUCCUGCUAACAGCAUGGUGCCACCCCUUGCAAUAAUGGAGAGGCCACCUCCAAUGAUGGUCAAUGGAAGACAUAACUAUGAAACAUAUUUGGAAUACAUUUCUCGGACCUCACAGUCGGUUCCAGAUAUAACAGAUCGGCCGCCUCAUACUUUGCACUCAAUGCCAGCUGAUGGUCAGCUAGAUAGCACGUAUCCACCACCUGUCCAUGACGACAAUGUAUCUAUGGCUUCAUCUGGGGCCACCCAAGCUGAACUUAUGACCUUAACCAUUGUGAAAGGUGCCCAGGGCUUUGGCUUCACCAUUGCAGACAGUCCUACAGGACAGCGGGUGAAACAAAUACUUGACAUUCAGGGAUGCCCUGGCCUGUGUGAAGGCGACCUCAUUGUUGAGAUCAACCAGCAGAAUGUACAGAACCUGAGCCAUACGGAAGUAGUGGAUAUACUUAAGGACUGUCCCAUUGGAAGCGAGACUUCUUUGAUUAUCCAUCGAGGAGGUUUCUUUUCUCCAUGGAAAACUCCAAAGCCUAUGACAGACCGAUGGGAGAAUCAAGGCAGUCCUCAAACGAGUCUAUCUGCUCCGGCCAUACCGCAGAACCUGCCCUUCCCACCCGCCCUUCACAGGAGUUCAUUUCCUGACUCAACAGAGGCCUUUGACCCAAGGAAGCCUGACCCAUAUGAGCUCUACGAGAAAUCUAGAGCCAUUUAUGAAAGUAGGCAACAAGUGCCACCAAGGACCAGUUUUCGAAUGGAUUCCUCUGGUCCGGAUUACAAGGAGCUGGAUGUUCACCUUCGCAGGAUGCAGUCUGGAUUUGGCUUCAGAAUCCUCGGGGGAGAUGAGCCUGGACAGCCUAUUUUGAUUGGAGCUGUCAUUGCCAUGGGAUCAGCCGACAGAGACGGCCGCCUACACCCGGGAGAUGAGCUCGUCUAUGUGGAUGGGAUUCCAGUGGCUGGCAAGACCCACCGCUAUGUCAUCGACCUUAUGCACCAUGCAGCCCGGAACGGGCAGGUCAACCUCACUGUGAGAAGAAAGGUGCUAUGUGGAGGGGAGCCCUGCCCAGAGAACGGGAGGAGUCCAGGCUCCGUGUCGACCCACCACAGCUCUCCUCGCAGCGACUACGCAACCUACACCAACACUCACACCAACAGCAGCGCCUCUCCCCCCGAAGGCUUCGCCUCCCACAGCCUGCAGACCAGCGAUGUGGUCAUUCACCGCAAAGAGAACGAGGGUUUCGGCUUUGUCAUCAUCAGCUCCCUGAACAGGCCAGAGUCCGGAUCCACCAUAACUGUGCCACAUAAAAUUGGACGCAUCAUUGAUGGGAGUCCCGCAGAUCGCUGUGCGAAACUAAAAGUGGGAGACCGGAUCUUAGCAGUGAACGGCCAGUCUAUCAUCAACAUGCCUCACGCUGACAUCGUGAAGCUCAUCAAGGAUGCAGGUCUUAGUGUCACCCUUCGCAUCAUUCCUCAGGAGGAGCUCAACAGCCCGGCCUCGGCGCCCAGCUCCGAGAAGCACAGCCCGCUGGCCCAGCAGCACAGCCCGCUGGCCCAGCCCAGCCCCGCUACCCCCAACAGUCCUGUCGCCCAGCCAGCUCCUCAGCCACUUCAGCUGCAGGGACAUGAAAACAGUUACAGGUCAGAAGUAAAAGCAAGGCAAGAUGUGAAACCAGAUAUCCGACAGCCUCCGUUCACGGACUACAGGCAGCCCCCACUGGACUACCGGCAGCCCCCAGGAGGGGACUAUCUGCAAGCCCCGCCCUUGGACUACAGGCAGCCGUCCCCUGACACCAGGCAGUUCCCUCUGUCAGACUACAGGCAGCCCCAGGAUUUUGAUUAUUUCACUGUGGACAUGGAGAAAGGAGCCAAAGGAUUUGGAUUCAGUAUUCGUGGAGGGAGGGAGUACAAAAUGGAUUUGUACGUGUUGAGAUUGGCAGAAGAUGGGCCAGCAAUAAGAAACGGAAGGAUGAGGGUAGGAGAUCAGAUCAUUGAAAUCAAUGGGGAGAGCACCAGAGACAUGACACACGCCAGAGCAAUAGAGCUCAUCAAAUCCGGAGGCAGAAGAGUCAGGCUACUGCUGAAGCGCGGGACGGGGCAGGUCCCAGAGUAUGAUUCCACAUAGGAUCGACAUAUUUAUCUUUUUCUGUCUGACUUAGUAUAAUAAUCUCUAGGUCCAUCCAUUUGCUGCAGAUAACAUUUCUUUGUUUAAUGGCUGAGUAAUAUUCCAUAUACACCACAUCUUCUUCAUCCUUUCAUCUGAUGAUGGACGCUUACGUUGUUUCCAUGCCUUGGCUAUUGUAAAUAGAGUGCUGCAAUGACCAUUGGGGUGCAUGUAUCUUUUGGAAUUAUGGUUUUCUCUGGAUAUUCGCCUAUGAGUGGGACUGCCGGAUGAUAAGGUAACUCUAUUUUUAGUUUUUUUCAGUGGAACCUCCAUACUCUUCUCCAUAGUGGCUGUACCAAUUUACAUUCCCACCAACGGUGUAGAAGGAUUCCCUUUUCUCCACACCCUCUCCAGCAUUUAUUGCUUGUAGACUUUUAGAUGAUGGCCAUUCUGACCAGCGUGAGGUGAUCCCUGCAUUGUAGUUUUGAUCUGCAUUUCUCUAAUAGUGAUGUUGAGCAUCUUUUCAUGUGCCUAUUGGCCAUCUGUAUGUCUUCUUUGGAGAAAUGUCUAUUUAGAUAUUCCUAGGUAUUUUAUUCCUAGGUAUUAUAUAAAAUACCUAGGUCUAUUCCUAGGUAUUUUAUUCUUUUUGAUGAAAUGGUAAGUGGGAUUGUUUCCUUAGUUUCUCUUUCUUAUCUUUCAUUGUUAAUGCAUAGAAAUGCAACAGAUUUCUGUGUAUUAUUUUGUAUCUUGCAACUUUACCAAAUACAUUGAUGAGCUCUAGUAGUUUUCUGGUAGCAUCUUUAGGAUUUUCUAGGUAUUAUAGUAUCAUGUCAUCUGCAAACAGUGACAGUUUUACUCCUCUUUUUCCAAUUUGGAUCCCCUUUAUUUCUUUUUCUUCUGAUAGCUGUGGCUAGGACUUGUAAAACUAUGUUGAAUAAAAGUGGUGAGAGUGGACAUCCUUGUCUUGUUCCUGAUCUUACAGGAAAUGCUUUCAGUUUUUCACCAUUGAGAAUGAUAUUUACUGUGUGCCUGUCAUAAAUGGCCUUUAUUAUGUUGAGGUAGGUUCCCUCUAUGCCCAGUUUCUGGAGAGGUUUUUUUUUUGUUUUUUUGUGGUACGCAGGCCUCUCACUGUUGUGGCUUCUCCCGUUGUGGAGCACAGGCUCCGGACGCACAGGCUCAGCAGCCAUGGCUCACGGGCCCAGCCACUCUGCAGUAUGUGGGAUCUUCCCGGACCGGGGCACGAACCCAUGUCCCCUGCAUCAGCAGGCGGACUCUCAACCACUGCGCCACCUAUGAAGCCUGGAGAGUUUUUUAAUCAUAAAUGGAUGUUGCAUUUUAUCAAAAGCUUUUUCUGCAUCGGUUGAGAUGAUCAUCUGGUUUUUUUUCUUCAAUUUGUUAAUGUGGUGUAUCACACUGAUUGAUUCGUGGGUAUUGAAAAAUCCUUGUAUCCCUGGGAUAAAUCCCACUUGAUCGUGGUGUAUGAUCCUUUUAAUGUGUUGUUGAAUUCAGUUCGUGGAUUUUGUUGAGGAUAUUUACGUCUAUGCUCAUCAGUGAUAUUGGCCUAUGAUUUUCUUUUUCUGGUGGAAUCUUUGUCUGAUUUUGGUAUUAGGGUGAUGGUUGCCUCAUAGUAUGGGUUUGGAAGUGUUCCUUCCUCUGCAAUUCUUUGAAAUAGUUUCAGAAGGAUAGGUGUAAGUUACCUCUUCUCCAAAUGUUUGGUAGGAUUUGCCUGUGUAGCCAUCUGGUCCUGGACUUUGUUUGUUGGGAGUUCUUUAGUCACAGAUUCAAUUUCAGUACUUGUAAUUGGUUUGUUCAUAUUUUCUAUUUCUUCCUGGUUCAGUCUUGGGAGAGUGUACCUUUCUAAGAAUUUGUCCAUUUCUUCCCGGUUGUCCAUUUUAUUGGCAUAGAGUUGCUUGUAGUAGUCUCUUAGGAUGCCUUUGUAUUUCUGCAGUGUCAGUUGUUACUUCUCCUUUUUCAUUUCUAAUACUUUUGAUUUGAGUCUUCUCCCAUUUUUUUCUUGAUCAGUCUGGCUAAAAGUUUAUCAAUUUUGUUUAUCUUUUCAAAGAACCAGCUUUGAGUUUUAUUGAUCUUUGUUAUUGUUUCCUUCAUUUCUUUUUCAUUUAUUUCUGCUCUGAUCUUUAUGAUUUCUUUCCUUCUGCUAACUUUGGGUUUUGUUUGUUCUUCUUUCUCUAGUUCCUUUAGGUGUAAGGUUAGAUUGUUUGAGAUUUUUCUUGUUUCUUGAGGUAAGACUGUAUUGCUGCAAACCUCCCUCCUAGAACUGCUUUUGCUGUGUCCCAUAGGUUUUGGAUCAUUUUCAUUUGUCUAGGUAUUUUUUGAUUGCCUCUUUGAUUUCUUCAGUGAUCCAUUGGUUAUUUAGUAGCAGAUUGUUUAUCCUCCAUGUGUGUGUGCAUUUUUUUUCCUUCAAGUUAAUUUCUAAACUCAUAGUGUUGUGGUUGGAAAAGAUGCUUCAUUUGAUUUCAAUAUUCUUAAACUUAUCAAGACUUCCUUUGUGGCCCAGCAUGUGAUCUACUCUGGAGAAUGUUGCAUGUGCACUUGAGAAGAAUGUUAUGUUCUGCUCCUUUAGCAUGGAAUGUUCUUUAAGUAUCAAUUUAGUUGAUCUGGUCUAAUGUGUCAUUUAAGGCCUGCGUUUCCUUAUUGAUUUUGUCUGGAUGAUCUAUUGAUUUAAGUGGGAUUUUAAAAUCCCCCACUAUUACUGUGUUACUGUCAAUUUCUCCUAUGUCUCUUAACAUUUGCCAUAUAUAUUGAGGUGAUCCUCUGUUGGGUGCAUAUAUAUUUACAAUUGUUCUAUCUUCUUGUAUUGAUCCCUUGAUCACUAUGUAGUUUCCUUCCUUGUCUCUUGUAACAGUCUUUUUUGUCUGAUAUGAGUAUUGCUACUCCAGCUUUCUUUUGAUUUCCAUUUGCAUGGAAUAUCUUUUUCCAUCCCCUCACUUUCAGUCUAUAUGUGUCCCUAGGUCUGAAGUGGGUCUCUUGUAGACAGCAUAUAUACAUGUCUUGUUUUUGUAUCCAUUCAUCCAGUCUAUGUCUUUUGGUGGGAGCAUUUAAUUCAUUUACGUUUAAGGUAAUUAUCAAUAUGUACGUUCUAAUUGCCAUUUUAUUAAUUGUUUGGAUUUGUUUUUGUAGGUCUUUUUUUCUUCCUUUUUUGCUCUCGUGAUUUGAUGACUAUCUUUAGCGUUGUCUUUGGAUUCCUUUUGUGUGUGUGUAUAUUAUAGACUCGUUUGUGGUUACCGUAAGGUUUUGAUAUAGCAGUCUGUAUGUAUACACGAUUGUUUAAGUUGCUGAUCUCUUAAUUUCAAGUGCAUUUCAAGUAUGCUGCAUUCGUGCUCUCCUCCUCUCACAAUUACUGAUGUUGAUAUCACAUUUGUGUGUGGAUGAUUUCCUGCCUUUAUCAGUGAGCUUUCCCAUUUCGUACUUUUUUUUUUUU